UCCACAAACUCCGGCAACCGCAACCGCUGCGUUUGAACCAGUCAGGCCCUAAGUACUCAGAUAAAACUAAAGUUUAAUAUCCAGAUAACGAGACGCAAAUCUGAUCCAAACUAUCCAGAUAAUUACUUUAAAUUAUAUAUUUAUUAGAUAUUCAAAAAUUUGAAAAUAUCUAAAAAUUAUCAACAUAGUCACAAGUAAAUAUCUAAAAAUAACAGAAAAUGUCCAAAAUAUCUAAAAAUAGUAUUAAUUUAUUCAAAUUUUUAGGUUUUAUAUUAUUUUAUUUUUAAUAUUAAAUAUAUUUGGAUUUUUGUUACAAAAUACAUAAUUAAAAUGAGAAUUUCAUGUUUACCACUUUCUUGGUACCAUUAUUCUUGUUUACCACCACUAAAGAGACAUUUUCGAAAAUAUUUUCUUCAUUAAGUAGCAAAAGACUCUUUUACCAUUGUUACAUCUAUAUAUAUAGUAAAUAAUUAUAUAAAUAAAUACAAAAAAUAUUUUUAUAUUUUUGAAUUAUACUUUUUCAAAUUCGAACUUUCUUAUAAAUUUUUUUUUUUGAAUUUUUUUUUCAAAAUUUCUUUUUGAAAAUCAGAAAUUAUUUGUAAAACUAUUUUUUAAAAUUGUUUUUAUAUUUUUUGAAGUAUUUAUUUAUAUAUUUAUUAAAAUCCUAAAUUUCACAAUCCAAAAACCUUAUCCCACCCUCUUAACUCUAAACCCUAAGUUUAGAUUAGUUAACCAUAUGCUUAUAGAUGUAUUUUACCCUUAAUUAAAAGUAAUGGUAAAAAUGGUUAGUGUAAGCAUGAAAAGUAGUACCAUGAAUAUGAUAUUUUUUGCAAUUUCCCUAAUUAAAAUGAGUAUCCGUACUCAAAUCCUAUCCGAACCCGCAAUGAUUCGAACCAAAAUUUGUAAAUAUCCGAAUACGAUUUAAAUUUAUAACCCUAAAAGUUCAAAAUCCGAAUAGAUUAAUUGAAUAUGAACAGAUAUAUAAAUACGAAAUCCCUAGAAAAAACUAUACAACAAAUCUCUUAGUACAACAUGCAAUAAAUAAUGAGGAAUUUUCAUGCUUACCACUUUGUUUGUAUCAUUAUUCAUGUUUACCACCACUAAAUAGACAUUUUCAAAAAUACAUUCUUCAUUAAGAGACAAAAGACUCUUAUACCAUUGUUCUAUAUAUAUAUAUAUAUAUAUAACAAAUAAUUAUUUAAAUAAAUGAAUAAAUAAAUAAAAAAUUUUAAAAUUUUUUUAUCUUUUCGAAUUAUAAUUUUCAAAUUCAAAAUUCUUUUAUAACUUUUUUUUUGAAUUUUGUUUAUGAAUUUUUUUUCUUUUUGGAAAUCUUCUUUUUGAAAAUCAAUAUUUUUUUGAAAGUAUUUUUUUUAAAAAUUCAUAUUUUUUAAGUAUCUAUUUAUAUAGUUAUUAGAAUUCUAAAUUUCACAUUUUAAGUAUUUAUAGUUAUAUAUUUCAAAGUUUUUCCACACGCCUUUUGACACCAUUUUCUGGGGAUGGUUGCUGAGCAUAAACAUCAUCAUUGAUGUCUUCAAAAUUCAAGUUGUCUUGUACUUGACUGUCACCAACCGUGAAGACGCGAGCAUCCGUGGUAUCACCCAAGCCAAUUGCAUAACUACCAUUAGCAGUUGCACAAUCAAAUAUGAUUUUCAAAUCAUCAAACUGUUCACUAGAGUCAUAGCGUAUGAACUUGUGAUUUGGAUGUCCCUACAAAAAAAAUUAUACUUAAAUACAAUAUAAAUAAUUAAAAGAAUACAUUACUCUUUGAACUUCUGUAAACCUAUAUGAGUAAGUGAUCCUUUUCACGUAAACUAUAUAUAUCAUGUGCAUAUAUUAUUUUAUCUCAUAAACUAAAUUAUACUAACAAAACCCUUGCGAUUCAAGAACAUAUCUAAUAAAAAUGAUGCAAAAUAAAGAGAUACCUUUAAAUAGUCAUUCCAUACUUCGUUAGAAGCCACAAAUCUUUUCAUGAUAGGAUCCCAUCCAAAGCCUGAACUGUUGUUUAAAAGAUCAACAUAGCAUUGAUAUUGACCCUUUAGGAACUUGAUCCUGCUUAGGUAAUGCUUGUGGGUUUUUUGGCAUCCAAGUCUUUCGUUCAAGACUGGUAGUAUCUUAUGUUCCACCGUUGCUUUGUUCAUUAUUCCAUUACUGUCACGCCAUCCACGUUGAAUUCCCUCCACAAGCAACUCUAUUAAAACCUUGGUUUCCUCUGAAUUCCAUAGACUAUACUGAUUUUUUUCUUUAUCAUCCAUUGCAAUCUUAUGUAAAGUUAAUCAAUAUUAGUAAGAACAUACACACAAAAAUAUUUUAUCACAAACAAACAGGUAAACAUCAAAGUUCUUGCUAGUAGUCUAAACAAAUAAAAUAAUGAAACCAAACGUAAACUUGAAAGCAACAAAUAUAACAAUCAAACCUUUUUAAUAUAUGAUAUAAUGAAAAACAGAGAAAUAUAUUGUAAAAAAAGAGAUAAGAAAAGAGAGAAGCAGAGACUUUUAUUACCUUGCGAGCUUUGAUGAUGAAAAAAAAAACAAAGAACAAUUCUAAAACGCUCAUUUUCUUUAAACACAAUUGAACACUUAUUUGAAUAUAUUAUAUGGAAAAUAGAUAAACAAUAGUAGAAAAAGUUAACAUAAAUCACAAUAAGUCAUCGCCAAUCAAGCCAAAAGAAUAUACGGAUUCUAUAAAUAUGGGAAGAUAUAUUGUCAGAAUCAAUAAAAAUAUUUACAGAGUUAAAAUCCUCUUGACUUUUGAAAUCAGCGUAAAUUAGCUCCCCACUAACCCCCUUAAAAAUCUUAUUUCACUUCCUCAAUUCUAAACUCUUAGUAUAGAUUAGUUAAUCUUUAAGGUUAUAAAUGUUUUUUUUUUCUCUUUAAAAAUUUGGGUAAAUAAUUAAAGGGAGAAUUUGUUGUAUAACCAUAAUAGGAAAAAAAUUAAGAAUAUAACACUACAUUAUUUGAACAUUACAUAUUGGAGAAAGAAAUAAAAGAGAAAAUGAAAGAAAGAGAAACAGAAAAAGAGAUACAUACAUAGAUGAAAAAAUGGAGAGAGACAAAGAUGGUGAUAGAGAAGAUAGAUAGAGGGAGAGAUUGCACAAAGAGAGAUUGUAUAAGUGCAAUUCUAUUCUAUGUUUCGUAAAUAGAAUAGAAAAAAUCUUAUUAUAACUGUACAUAUUCAAUUUAUAAAUAUAUGUUAGUUUUACAAAAUCCAAAACAUUUCAUAUACAAAAAAAAUCUCUGUUUUUAUAGGUAUUUAAAAAAAUCCAAAUAAGUACUUUUUAAACUUAUAAAGUUAUAUAAAAAAAAGAGGUGAAAGUGAAAAAGGGCAAUAUAGAAAAUAAUACAUAAAUAUCAUAGCCUAAAAAUUGCUAUGGUUAUAUAGUUAAUUUAUAGUUUGUUAUGUAUAUGCUACCUAAUUUCCCAUAAUUAAAAGUAGUUAGUGUAAAAAAAUAUUAUUAUAAAUGUGAUAUUUUUAGUAAUUUUUUAUAAAUAAUCUAAUAAACUAUGUCAUUCUGCACAUAGGGCAGAUUAUUACCUGAUAGCGCAGAUUAUUAUCUGGUAUCAAUAUUUCUUAAAAAAACAAGCAGGCAGAAGGUUGUCGUAAAGUAUUGAUAUAUACGUUUUAAAAAAAAUCUCAAAGAAACUUCGAACAAAUGGACAACCACUACUUUUUGCAAACAUCAAACAAAAGUCAAAAGGUUAUUUUAUUUUCUAGGGGAAUUUGUCGGAGAGAUGUCUAGUGAUCUAAUUCCUGAAGGUUGACCAUCAUCGGCAAUGCUUUAGUUCUUUCGUUUCUCUUUUUUCUUUUGGAAAAUCUCUCAGUAAAAUUUCUUCCAUGGAGUGUUUGGGUGCAAUCUUGGCUUCGGUCGUGGCGGAGACGUGUCGUGGCCUGUGUUCUGGAGCCCAGACAACCAUGUUCAGAUCGAACACCAAAACCUUGGAUAGAGAGCUGGAGAGAUUAAAGAAGAUGCAGAGCAAGGUCAAAGAAAAUCUUAAUAUAUUAGGAAAUCAAGAGAAAUCAUUGAAGCCAAAGCUUAUGAUAUGGCUAAGAAAGGUCGAAGAGAAUGUGUCUAUAGGAGAGAUGAUACUGGAAAAGCGCUCUUCAUGUGCUAUAUUGGUUAGUGACAAAAGUGUUGCGGUUCUUGAGGAGAUGAAAAGACUGGAGGAGCAAGGUCAUGAGCUCUUAAUUGAGACUUCCGUGGUCGAGUCAUCUACAGAAAGAGUCGAACUGGUCUUAGGACCUUCAUUUCAUCCGCAAACAAAAGCAAAGGAGAUAUUGGAUAAGAUAAAGGAUAGUCUAAGGAAGAAGAAUGUUCAAAAGAUCGGUGUUUGGGGUAUGGGAGGGGUCGGGAAGACAACACUUGUCAGGACACUUAACAAUGAACUCUUGAAAAAGGCUGCUACUCAACAGUUUGCACUGGUAGCCUGGGUGACAGUGUCCAAAGACUUCGACUUAAAAAAGAUCCAGAUGGCUAUAGCCAUGAGGAUGGGAAUAACUUUUACAAUUGAGGAAAGGGAGGACAUAGGCAAAGCUAUUCAUAACAGGCUAGCAAAACUGAGAAGCUUCCUCCUUAUUCUCGACGAUGUUUGGAAGCCCAUUGAUUUAGACAGUUUGGGUAUUCCAUCAGCAUCAGAAGGAUUCACGGAUUUCAAGGUUGUUCUAACAUCAAGGAGACUAGAAGUAUGUCAACAAAUGAUGACGGAUGAAAACAUAAAAGUUGGAUGCCUUCAAGAGAAAGAAGCAUGGGAAUUAUUUUGCCACAACGCUGGAGAAUUAGCAAACUCUGACGAGGUGAAGCACCUUGCAAAGGAUGUUUCCCGUGAAUGUGGUGGAUUGCCUCUGGCUAUCAUCACGAUAGGAAGGACUUUGCGCGGAAAACGUCAAGUCGAGGUUUGGAAACAUGCCUUGAAUAUGCUAAAGAGCUCGGCACCUUCUAUGGACACUGAAGAAAAGAUAUUUGGGACUUUAAAACUCAGCUAUGACUUUCUACAAGACAAGACAAAAGAUUGCUUCCUUUUCUGUGCUUUAUUUCCGGAGGACUUCUCGAUUAAAGUAACUGAAUUAAUAAUGCACUGGAUCGUGGAAGGAUUCUUGGAUGAACAACAACCUUACGAGGAUUUGAUGAACGAGGGAGUUACUUUGGUUGACAGAUUGAAGGACUCGUGCUUGUUAGAAGAAGGUGAUAGUGAUGAUACAGUUAAAAUGCAUGACGUUGUACGUGAUUUUGCAAUAUGGAUCAUGUCUCCUCCGAAUGAAGGAUGUCAUUCAGGUCUAAAAGAAAUUCCACAAAAUAAGUUUGUUCCUUCGCUCCAGAGAAUUUCUUUAAUGGCCAAUAACCUAGAUAGGCUACCUGAUCAUGUAGUGGAGUGUGUGGAAACAUCGGUAUUACUACUACAGAAGAAUUCUCGUCUUAAGGAAGUUCCUCAUGGAUUCUUACAAGCAUUUCCAAACCUUAGAAUCUUGGAUCUUAACGGUGUUCGCAUAAGAACCCUGCCUGACUCCGUUUUGAAUCUUCAUAAUUUGCGGUCUCUGGUGUUAAGAAAUUGUAAGUCCUUGAGAAACCUGCCUUCGCUAGAAUCCCUUGUUAAACUUCAGAUUCUUGAUCUACAUGAGUCUGCUAUAAAGGAACUUCCGAGAGGUUUUGAAGCGUUGAUCAGCUUAAGAUACAUUUUGCUUUCCAACACACAUCAACUCCAGAGCAUUCCAGCUGGGACUUUUCUCGGGCUAUCAAGUUUGGAGGUUCUAGACAUGUCAGGCAGUGGUUAUAGAUGGGGAUUCAAGGGACAAGAAAGAGAAGGGCAAGCAACACUUGAAGAGGUUACAUGCCUCCCUCAUUUGCAGUUUCUUGCCAUUAAGCUCCUCCAUGUAUUGUCCUUUUCCUAUGAGUUUAAUUCUCUUAUAAAAAGGCUAAGGACGUUCCAAUUGUUAUUUUCUCCAAUACUAUUGGCUUCACCUCAUGCGACUGGGAAGGGUUGCCUAGCUAUCAGUGAUGUCAAUCUCUCAGAAGCAUCAAUAGGGUGGCUGCUAGUACAUGUGACCUCGCUAUGUUUAAUGCACUCUGAGGGUCUUAAUGCUAUGUUCAAGAACUUGGUAACCAAGAGCAAGAUUAGCUUUGUUGCGGUGAAAUCUCUAUCACUUCACCAAUGUCCCAACCUAAGCUUUUCCGGUGGUUAUAAGGCCAAACUAGAUCUCUUCCCAAAUCUUGAGGAACUUUCAUUGGUCAAUGUCAAUCUGAAAAGCGUUGGGGAACUUAAUGAUUUCCUCGGGUUAAGAUUUGAGAAACUAAAACUGCUUCAUGUUUUUGACUGCCGACAGCUAAAAAAUCUUUUCUCAUACAAAACCUUAGCAGGUUCUCUUCGUAACCUGGAAGAGAUAAAGGUUGAAUCAUGCAGGAUUUUGGAGGAGCUGUUCAAAUUUCCUUCAACGCCAGUUCGUGUUUCGACAGAGUCUUUGUUACCUAACCUAAGGGUCAUUAGACUCGACCAUCUUCCCCAGUUGGGUAGCGUAUGCAGCAAUGGAGCUGUGCUCAAACACCUGAAACACUUAGAAGUUAAGAGUUGUGAACUACUUCAAAAUGAUGGUAGGAUCGUGGAAGUUCCAGAGGACGAUUUAGAUUGGUUGAUUGACGUCCCCCCUUCGAGAUGGGGACUUGCCCAUGCCCCUCCCCCGCCAUUCCCUUAAACGUGAGAAUUAAAUUUUUCUAAAGAUGUAACCCUUUAUUUUAGUGGAUACCUUCAAAAGAACCUGUGCUUA